AUGGGUCCAAAGCUUUUUAUCAUCACUGAAGAUGUGGAUGACGCAAAGGAAAUCCUUGUCAAGAAAUUUGAAUGCUUCACAGACCGACAGGAAAUGGAUUUCCUGUCAGACUCCCUUAAAAAUGCGAUCAUCAACCAGAAAGGAAAGAGAUGGCGUCAUUCUAGAGCUCAAUUAUCACCGGCUUUCUCAACGGCAAAGAUUCGUGCUAUGAGCCAUUCGGUGCACAAGCAUAUGGAUAUUUUAUCGACGUUACUUCACCGUAAUGCUCGAUCUGGGCAGGCAUUCGACAUUUAUGACCUCUACAAACGAUUAACACUAUCAGUAAUAUCGGAAUGUGCUUUUGGACUAUCGUCUGACUGCCUCCAAGCUGAGGAUUGCCCAUUUGCAUUCCACGCAGCUACCUACUUCCGUCAACUUCCCAGCCCCGAAAAUUCAUCCCUUAUGGCACUCUCUGUAAUAAUCCCCGAAUUUGCCCCAAUCUGUGAAUGGCUUCAUACCCGCAUCAGUGACGCUGGCAGAUCAGAGACGUGGCUGGCGUAUACUCUCUCCCAAGUGAUUGAACACAGGAUGCAAACCGGGGAUACGUCGCGGCCGGACGUAAUCUCAAUUUUACUAGCGUCGGGAUUAGGGAGAGAAGAGAUUGUCAAUAAUGGCUUCGCUUUCCUUUUGGCAGGAUAUGAAACAACAUCCACGGCACUCGGUUUUGCAACGUGGCUGUUGGCCAGACAUCCUGAUGUUCAGCAAAAAUUGUAUGAAGAGCUGAUGGCUUUGCCGGAUCCGGAGCAGAUUCAUCAAUAUUAUGACCAGGUAAUGCGACUACCGUACCUCAAUGCUGUAUAUAAAGAAGCGCUCCGUCUAUUUCCGCCUAUUACAUUCUUUGUAAACCGCACCUGCACGAGGGAUUGCGAAAUCGGAGGUGUACUGUACACCCGAGGAACCCAAGUCGGCAUCCCAAUUUGGAAUAUAUUGAGGAGUAGUGAUGUGUGGGAGAAACCUAAUGAUUUUAUCCCAGAAAGAUUCCUCGACGCGCCAACUAACCCCUUUGCUUGGCUUCCAUUUGGCGCCGGCCCAAGAUCCUGCAUCGGCAUGCGUUUUGCGCAAAUGGAAUUUAAGAUAGCCAUUGCCCGGACAUUAUCCGUUUUUACUUUACGCCUCCCGGAAAAUUCAAAGUGGGCACUUCCACUCACAAAUUCCACAGCACUUCUAUCUACUCCCGAAAUUCAAGUAAUAUGCGAACCAAGACGGAAA